UAUUUGCUCCACAAUUGGGAUUAACAAUAGAUUGAAUGGUUCAUGCACCAUUUUCAUCAUCACAAAAACACCAACAUUUCAUAUAUCAAUAAAAAUAUUUAUAAUAAUAAUCAUAUUGAUGCUUAAAUUCAGGCCAAAAAGUAAAUCAAAUUUUUUUAAAAAUAAUCAUAUUUCGCCUCUCAUUUGCCGUCCAAUUCAUCUCUCAUUGCUUCCCAGCCUUGACCCCUUUUUGCCCAUUAAUGGUAUUUGAUUUAUAAAGGGUGAAGUGUUUGGCUUGGUUUGGGAAUGCAAUCAUGGCUGCAACAAAUGAAUUUAUGCAUCAUUUAUCGAUGGCGUGUUGCGAAUGGUUUUUGAUGUUUUUAAUGUUUAUGGAUGGUGCAUUGGGAUUUAUUGCCUCGAAAUUUGCUCAUCGUUGUGAAUUACAAAAACCAUGUAUGUUUUGCUCAAGAAUUGAUCAUGUUUUUGGUGAAAAGCCUGGAUCUUUUUUGAAUUUGUUUUGUGAUAAGCAUCGGGCAGAAGUUUCUUGUUUGAUAUCUUGUGAACUUCAUGAUAAGCUUGCUGAUGUUAAGGAAAUGUGUGAUGCGUGUUUUAUGUCGGCAAUGAAACAAAAACAAAUUAUGGAAGGGAAAUUGGGAUACCCUAAAGGUUAUUUAAAUAAAAAUUUUGUUCGUGUACCUUCAAGUAUGGGGACGUGUUCGUGUUGUAAAAAACAAUGGAAACCAAAACCUAGAGGUGGAGUAAAAUUGGGAGUUUCUAAAGUAACCAUGAAACCUCCAAUGCCGCGAGUUGGUGCUCGUGGGCGUGGCCAGUAUCGUCGUCGGAAUGAUUUUAGAAGGGUCCGGGGUAGGAUUUCUGGGACUUCGACUCCUUGCCUUGUUGAGAAUAGUAUAGGUAUGGAUGUGAAUGCGGAUUUGGACAUGGAUGCCUUAUCUGAUUCAGGUUGUCCUAAUGUUGGGUUCAAUUCCUUUUAUGAUUUUGACUCUGAAUCUGACUCCGAAGACUCAUUUUUUGAGGUUGAUUGUGGUGCAACUGAGUGUUUAAUGGAUGAUUCUUGGGUCAUAAACAAAAUGGGUAUACAGAAUCAAGAUCACGUUCGACCUGAGAAAUUUCACAGUUUCUCUAAUCCCGAGUUUUCACUUCCCAAUGGGACCAACAAUGAAACUGACACGAGUCCUCUAUCUUUGACAUCCACUGGUUCGAUAGGGCAUGAUGCAAAAGAAAACGGGCAUCUAGAAGUCAGUAAGGAAACAAGGGUUCCUAAUCAAAAUAUUCAUACAAUCAAUGACUGUCAGGUGUCCACUUCCUCAGAUAAACACGAAGGUUUUGAAUCUCCGAGAUCAACAGGUUUGAGUGAAAUUGAGGGUGAAAGUUAUGUGGAAAAGCUCAAGCGGCAGGUGGAGCAUGAUCAAGAACAGUUACGUUUAUUGCACAAGGAAUUAGAGGAAGAAAGAAAUGCUGCUGCAAUAGCUGCAGAUGAGACAAUGGCCAUGAUUACAAGGCUACAAGAAGAGAAAGCAGCUCUCCAUAUGGAGGCGUCACAAUAUUUGAGAAUGAUGGACGAGCAGGCAGAGUAUGAUAUGGAAGCUCUUGAUAAGGCUAAUGAUCUCAUUGCCGAGAAAGAAAAAGAAAUUCAAGAUAUGGAAGCUGAGCUGGAAUAUUUCAGAAACCGAUAUGAAGAUGAAUUGUUCAUGGGGAAUGCAACUGAUACAUCAAAAGAAAAUCAUAUGGAAAACGGGAUAAUUGAUGUUACUUCUUCUGACUCAAAAUCGACGAAGGAAUUGAAAUCAACGGCUAUCAGUCAUCCUGAUUUAGGACUUGAGGAUGAAAAGGAAUACAUUUUGCAUUCUCUAUCAGAGUUAGAGAAGAAGUUUCACCAAGCUUCUAAUGGUAAUAUAGCGAACAACGGUUUUUCCAGACAUGAUGAAAUUGAUGUUGGUACCCUUGAAAACGAAAUUUCGGAUCUUAAUGAGAGGUUAAAAGCAUUUGAGGCUGAUCGACAGUUCCUUGAGCAUGCUUGUAAUAUGCUUCAGAGUAACGGGGGAUUAGAAUUUAUUCAAGAAAUAGCUCAUCACCUACAUGAUUUGAGAAAGGAUAGGUUUGAUAGAAGAUGUCAAUCAGUCACUUGAAGCUACAUCCUUCAACAAAAUUAAGAUGUAUGCUGAGGUGGACAUGGAUAUAAUCGCCAUAUUGCUUAUGAUUCUUGACGCAAUGAUCUUGUUUCAUAAAAAGAUCGUUGCUUUUUUGAUCAAGAAGAAGUUAGGAUCAAGUAGGGAAAAGACUCUACAUUGUUUUUGAUCCGUUGCAGCUGUUAUACACUUAUACACUCCAAAAUGGUUAUUUAAGUAUAUACAUCAUUUGAAAGAUAGUUGUGUAAUUUUUGUGAUAUCAAGUGUUCUCCAUAUUUUAGUACCAGGCUUCUGUCAUAUUUGAGAAUGAUAUGCACGCGGGUGCAUAUACGAUGUAUCUAUAUACAAAUUUUUUCUUUUUCGUCAAGAAUCAAAAGUCUUCUUGAGUGAAA